AUGCAACCCUUCCGGAUUGCAACGUUCCUGCCGGUUCUGUUGCUGCUGUUUCUGGUCACCCUGACCGAUGGUUGGCCGUAUCCGCGCCCCAUGCCACAGAACCUGCGCCGGUUGCCGCGGCGCAACGAUUUCGUGGCGUACAAUCUGCACCGCAUCAUCCGGCCCCGGGACGUGAACGAUCUGGACGUGGAUCAGGCACGGAAGGCGAUGCACGACGUGCACGAAACGAUCGCCGAAGUGCAACGGUUGUUGGCACUCGAUCCUACUCUACCCAGGUUGACCAGGGGCGAAAUCGAAGAGCUUUUUGAGAAUGUAACACGGGAAGAGUUUAGCAAAUCGCUUCGAGCUGGUGAUCAUCAUCGAGCUCAGCACAUGCGUGCUUUAAUGCUCGUGCUGCCGUACCACGCCAACAACAUGUCCCCGGACAACCUGCAGAAGAUCUACACACGUCCACCGGUCACUCGCAUCGUCGCAGCUCCCACGGACAUGAAAACGGCCAGUUCGGAACCACUGCCGAUCACUCCGGCUCGGUUAAUUGCAACCACAUCGACAACUCCCGCCGGGCCGAGAACGACCACUCCGCCCAUCCCGGUCACGACGAUCCGUUUUACGACCCCGCGACCCACGACGUUCCAUCCGACGCUGCCAGAACGGAUGCGAGGUGUCGGACUGCGAAAGGAGGAGCUAAAUGACAUUCUCGCGUCACUCGGGUUGUCCCAGAGCUUGGAGGAACUGCAAACACCGCCCACGUUCCGUCCCAUGCCCACCACAACGACAACCGUGCCGCCACCAACGACAACUCGUGCUCCCGUGACCACCACGGAACGCCAGCACCGGCCACUGAACAACGCGAUCGCUGUUGAUGAUCCGAAGGCGGCCAAAGAGCUCAAGGAUCUGUUGCGUUCAUUUGGGCUGUUGAAGGAAGAACCCCUGGACGUUGCUGCACCGCUGCUGCCACAACCGGAACGCCUGGUUGACAUUCAACCGGCCGCACUCGUGCUUCACGAACCGUUGAAAGUCGAAGAACCAUCCACUCCGGCAGCCAUCGAACCAUCGCAUCCGUCGGUGGAACCGGAAGCCGUAAACAUCAAACCGGGAAGUGGUGGUCUCACGCAAGCCAGCGUUAAACCGGACGACUACAUCGCCUUUAAGCCACUCACACUCGGGGACUCAACGGUGAAUGGUGAUGGGAACACGAGCGGAAAACAGCUGGACGAGGAACUAAACGCACUGUUGCAAUCGUUCGGGUUGCUGGGGCCAGGAUCACGCAACAAAAAAUCGAUGACCGCAGAACCAACGUCAACCACCAUCGCCACAACGAGCCGGCCACCGACGACAACAGCCACGACGGUCAUGAAAGCCGUCCCGGCGAUCGAUGCGGAUCUAGUCGCACCACAGCUCCUCUCCGUGCUCGGUACACUCGGGAUUCAGAUGAGACAGCAACAGCAACCGAGUCCAUCUCCUGCCGCGCUGGUACGCCGUCGGGAGAAGACACCCCGCAAGCUGGACCCACCGACGGAAGAGACCCCAUCGGCAUUGGUGAGCGUGCGGAACGAGGACUACCGGAAGCUGGAACAACUGUGGCAAACGGUGAAGCAACUCGAGCAGCUAAACGUCAACCUGACCGGGGAUUCGCUGGAUGUGCUGCACCCGAAGCACUACGAUCUGAGUCCGUCACUGUUGGCGCAAGGUCCGGAUCCGGUUGAUGUCGCUAUCGACACCAACGAGCGGUUGAACGAGAUCAAGAAGCGACAGGAACCGGGGACGACUACCGAGUCGAAUGAUGGCUCGGAAGUGACCGACAGCGAUAGCCCAACGCGAUUUAGUUUGCAGCUCAACACGACUGGUGGUGGCGGAGGUGGCACUACGAGCGAGGACGUCGAGCUUUUGGGCCCUUCAACGACGACGGCGGCAACGGCGACGGUUGAGCGUAGUACGGACGAAGACACAACUGAAGAGGGCAGUAGCAGCACCAGUAGUACCUCGACGACAACGACGACGGAGAGUGCUCGGAGCGCUGCCCUGGCGGAUUCAUUCCCAUCCUCUGAUUUGGCCGGGGAUCCGGUGAACGAGGAGCCGUUACCACCGCCGCGUCGCAACGGUUUCUACUUCCUGUACGAUUGGAACACGUUCCUGGAGGUGGGCGAGGACCCGAACAAGGUCAUCAUCCGGUACAAUCCGCGUGCGGGUGAUCCGAGCCGUUUCCUUCCGGUGACCGUACCGUAGAGAGCGAGCGAAAGAGUGUUAGGUAGCAGAUUGUAGUGCAGGAGUUGUGUAAAAAGGCGUCGAAAAGGCACGAUCGAUCGGGAGGGAUAGAUUUAGCGGGAACCAGUUCUUGUAAAUAGUGAAAACCAACCCCGCGGUAUCGUCUCUCUCUCUCUUUCUCUCGUCGGUCUGCUGUGCAGCCGUAGAACUAAAUUAUCCUUUAUUUAUUAUCCUUUCCCCCCUUGCGAGGACGAGGGUAGCGGUUACGUGGCGUGUUGCGUAGAGUUAGGAUUGCUUUGGAGGAUUUCGGUGCCCACGCGUGCGAGCUGGGAUACGAAUUAACUUCUAUUUUUUUCUUCGAGCGGGCACACGGGAUGCGGGUUUCUUUGUCGUUUUUAAUUUGUACCGUUCGACGAGCGUCUUCCCCGCCGUCAUCAUGCGAGAGUGGAGCUGGGAAGGGUUUUGUAUAGAUUCGCGCAAAACUUGAACCAAAAUCGAAAA